AUGGUCUCGCCUCGCACUUUCCCGCUCAUUCGAGCACGCCGGAGUUCUACGAAUCAGAAGAGGUACAAGCACAAAAAGGGCCAUCAUAUCUCCUCCCCACGCAAGUUGAAGGAUGGUUUUUUCCAGCCUCGUAUCAAGAGCGACGAGAUAUAUGCAACUCAUCCUGUGCAUACAGGUGUGCGUGCGACCAGUAUUGCCGAACCCAGGAGGCAUAAAGACCUGCAAAAGGACCCAACGUGGAUGAAGCCAUUUGGGGCUGCGUCGUCGCUGCAGACUGCAAGUGAACCCACAGUAUCCUGGACUCUUCCCAAACCAUCUGGAGCAUCAGAUAAACAUACUAAGGAUAAGGACUCGUCCAAUAUGGAUCUCGUCAGGAGCUCACUAGAGUUCCGUGAAUCGACUCGGUCGGUGUCCCCACAAGAGUCAUUGCAGACGAUCAUCUAUCUCGACACCCCAUAUGACUCCGACGAGGAGUCUGAUAUCUCGCCAUUAUCCGACGAUCGGCCUCCAACCCGCUCCGGUUCUGCGCUGCGGCGAUUCUUCCCCGAACUAUCUACGAAUUUCUCGAUUGGAUCCUCAGUUGCAGAGGGCCGGAGAACCCCCCGUCCAGUUGCUCGAUCUUUGAGAGUGAGCUCGAGAAGCGGGAUUGAUAACGGCCCGGUGCCGACGACGCACUCCUCACCUAGCUCUGGGCUUGAGGAGAUGUUCGACUGUGUGUCGUCGUGUUACAGUCGUCGCACCUCGAUCACGAGCGUAGACACUGAAUGGACCUGGAGUGAGGAGCGACCUCCGUAUGCGGAGGUCGACGCCUAUUCGAUCCCGUCACCGGGGGCCGCGGGCGUCUUCGAUGAUGUCUUAUCUUCCUGUCCAUCGCGAGCGUCACCAGUGGCAUCCCGGUCUCCUCUGCUGCAGGUGCCUGCGUGGAUCCAACCCAGACGACCAAAAUGGUUGGCGACCAAAGGAUCAUUGAGUGAGCUCAAGAAUAAACCCCUCCCACUCGAACCCGUCACGGAGCCCAGUCCCUUGGAGAUCCGUCGCUAUAACUUCCUCCAUGCCGCAAAGGAUUCAACCUUGCGCCAUACUUCUGGUUGCCGGGCCGAUUUGCAGAGAGCGCUCAUGUCUCAAAGCCCAUCCGACCCAAAGUGCCAGGAGUGUGGGGGCGAGGCGCCAUCACAGCCUCCAGGGGGCCGUCGUCCAGAAUGGGUCGUCGAGAUAAAGAGUCAACCACCGCACUCUCAUCCGCAUCCUCGCCCGCUGCCUACUUUAUCGCAGGCUGCAGAGGAACUUGAAUAUACGUUGGCGGACCUCACCCGCGAACCGACCAUGAAGCAACAAGCGCUGCUGGUUCGCGACGGGCCCGUCCAGAACAGUCGGCAUCACGGUGAUUUGGUGGCUACGCGCCCGGCGCCGCCCCUCCCAUCCACCACGCCGCACUCCCAAUUACAGCACCUACCAGGGGUGCGCAGCUCUCGAUCGCGAUCAUUAAUCAAGGACAAGAACAGCAAGACCGACACAAUCGGUUACCCGGGGAUGUCGACAUACGGAGAGCCUGAGAAGUCUGCGCGACCGAGUAUGCUCAAACGGACCCAGACAACCAAAGGGACCAAGCGCCAAUUCCGGGAAGAGGGGGCCGCAGUCAAGCAGGCAACAAGGCCGUUGUUGGCGACUCCAUUCAAGCGGGGCUCAGGCGCUGGCCGAGUGGAGACCCGUGCGGAUGUGACGAGUUCGUGGUCAGAAACCUCGUUGGACCCACCGACGUCCAACGAGCUGCCCGUCGGCCUGCCGCGCGUGUCGUCGUCACACUCCGAUCCUACGCUGGACUGGGACCUCGAUUGGGCGGUCUCCAAGCGGGAACUGCUGCUGCAACUUCCUCGUCUUCAAACCCAUGAUCUAACCGUCAAACCAGACCAGUUCUGCACGCUCUCGGACACUCAGGACCAGACGGGAGUCGCCGCGGGAUCCGUCGCCACCCGCCCCACGCUACCACAAUCUCCAAAAUACUCUGACCACCCCGCAGACUCGGGGGGCAGUAAUGCCAAAGAGUCCAGCAUGGCGCUGCGCAUCACGCCUCCAAGUGACGAGAAAAUCUUCGUCUCGUGUGCCAAAAAACGCCUCUCGCUCAUUUCGACCGCCCGCGCCAGCAGCGUCCAGCUGCCGCCCGAGCAGAUCUAUGAGCUCGCCGCCACGCCCGCGUCGCCGACCGCGACCGAGUUCCCAGCCAACUAUGUCUAUACCAAUCUGGAUUUCCCCAUCGAGAUGGGGGAUCAUUUGAUCAUGUUGAUCAUGGAGCGGAUUGGCUCACUGGAUGACCUCUUUAAUUUUGUCCUGGUCAAUAAACGCUUCUAUCGCAUCUUCAAGCGGCGCGAGCUACCCCUGAUGAAAAACACCCUCUUCAAAAUGUCUCCACCUGCAUGGGAACUGCGCGAGAUGAGCCCGCCAUGGGACAUCGACUGGCUGCCGCUCCUCCAGCCGGAUGCGCAGGUCCCGGAAUAUACCCCGACGUUGUACCUCGACCGGUACGCCCGGGACAUUUACACCCUGGCGCAGCUCAAAUCAAUGAUCCUGAUUCGGUGUACUCCGUUUUUACGCCGUGACACGGUUAAAGGUCUUUCUGGCGUGGAUAUUACUCGCGCUGAGGAAGUUGACGCUGCUUUCUGGCGUGUCUGGACUUUCUGUCGCAUUUUCGGCAGCGGGAAGGGUCGCGAAAAUGAUCUGGAGGGUCAGAUCGAUUGGUUGAAGGGUGGUUCCAAGGCGAGGAGCUUGAAUACGGCUUCCUCCACCAUGUGCCACCCCUUUGGCAUCACCGAUGUUUUGUUCGAACCUCCGGAGGGGUUCGCCCGUGGAAACGGCUCCCAGGGACUUUCCCCGAAGCAACUGUACGAUAUGACUGAGAUUUGGACCUGCCUGGGAGUGCUGUUGCAGCCAUUGCACGGACAGUGCAGGGAGGCUCGAAAGGUGGGUAUUUAUGAUGGAAUGAAUGUCCAGGAAGGCGACUCGGGGCGCGAAGAGGCCGUGCUCGAGGAGUGGACUUCAUGGAUUCUUAGCCUUGGCCUCUCAGCCGUCUUGACUCUCAGCUCCCUUUGCCCCGCCGAGGCUACAGCCGCGACCUUCAGCAGGGCCAAGUCAGCCGGACUGACCAGGUGGGAGCUGACCGAAACAGGGACCAGUCGAUCGUCAUUCUUCAAGGAGGCCAUUGCGCGCGUCUACGAAGCUAGAGAGCGAGUUGUCCUGGCAUCCAACGGGAGCCGGCGCGACCGAUCCAAAUCGAGCGUGGAAACCAGCGAGCGCAGAAAACAGUUCCAAGAUGAACUGCGCAUCCGCCGCAUGCGCUCUGGGGAUAUUCGCAAGUUGAAAACCACCUUCGCCGACGAACGGCCCAUGUCUGAGUUUAGCACCAUCCUCCACAAUCUAGAUGGCACUCUCACACGAAACGCGACGCCGGUCCCACCCGUUCCACCCGUUCCACCCGUUCCACCCGUUCCCUCCGUUCCCGCUCUGACAUAUGACCCUACAUCCGCCUCGACCGUGUACGCUAGUCCUCGCACUCCGAAUCGCACUCCUCCUCCUUUACAAUAUCCCGAAUCCUUCAUUCCAUUCACGCGCAGCCCACCGCCCCAAUCUGCGCUGGCACCUCCCAAUUUUCGCCCCCAGGUACAAGACCCAGUCGACCGGGCCAUCAACAAAAUGGUACACGAACUCGGGUUCAACGCAGACGACGUCAAAUGGGCCCUGAAGAUCACAGAUACUGGAGAGGGCAUUGACGUGGACGCCGCUGUGGAGCUCCUCCAACAACAGCGCCGAAAAACUGAGCGCAACCCAUUCGCACCCCGCGGCAAAGACAGUUUGCUCCGGUCCGUCAUGAAGCGCAAAGGCUCCCAGGACUCCGGUUGGCGCUGGGCCUAA